CUGCAGUGUAAUUUCAUUGUAAAGAGCCAAAGUCCAACUAUUGCAACAACAUGCAGCAACGUCAACUAUGAAACGGACUAGAAGGGAUUUAUCUGGAAAAAGAACCUGAAAUAAGGAGCUUGGUACUGAUCCAGCAUCACUAGCAUGUUUCUGUACAGAGACUGAGCUACAGCCGCCACAGGAUGGUAAAGAGCGUCAUGGUGGCCUAUGCGCUCUGGGCAGUGGCUGGACCGUUGGGGCUGCACCAUAUCUAUCUGGGCCGAGACAGCCACGCUCUCCUGUGGAUGCUAACCCUGGGGGGAUUUGGGCUUGGCUGGGUCAGAGAGGCCACGCGGAUCCCCGCCUACGUCCGCGAGGCCAACGAGGAUGCUCAGAAGCAGCGGCGGAGGUCCCCCACCGCCGUUCCACCCGUCAGCCCCGUCAGAUUUGCCGGACAGGUGUGCGUGGGGGUCUACUUCGGCGCCGUGGCCCUGAUCGGCCUGCGCUCCCUCAGCUUCUUCUACCUGGUCGUUUUGCCGCUGUGCGUGGGCGCAGGGGUGCACCUGGUGUCGAGCGUUGGCCGACAGAGCUCCGAUCUACACAAAACGCUGACGGCUUGCCUCGUGACGUCGCCGGUGUUCUACGGCAGCGCCCUGUCCCCCCUUCCUAUCAGCCUGGCCGCCAGCGUCACUGCGGCGCAACACCGCCGCUUCAAACCUCCACACGCUCAUGGAGGCACCCAGGAGCUAGGUCCGAGGCUGUACAGGCUGGGCCUGGCUUGGCUGGCCUUCUCUGCCCCCCUUGGUUACUGCAUUUUCCAUAACACCACAGCGACUCUGUACUACCUGUCUGACUGUGUGUCAGCGCUGCUGGAUAUGUUCUGGUUCCUGCCCUGGUUCCGGGGCGUGUUAGAGUACAUUCUUCUGAUUCCAUAUCGGAUAUUGUGUGCCCUUGCGGGAGGGGGGUACUAUGAGGAGACUUGGAAGAAGCUGCUGGAAAUACUGCUCAAAGAGUACACUGACAGAGAGAAGGAGGCCUUGCAGGUGUUGUCGCUGAAAUCCGAGGCGUCUCUUGAGGAGAUAACUCGAAGCUACAGGGAGCUGGCCAAAACGUGGCACCCGGACCACAACCCCAGCAAGGAGGCUGAGGCCACGUUUGUGAAGAUCCAUGAGGCCUACGAGGUCCUUCUACGCAGACACAGACCCGAUCGCUUCAGAUAGUUGCCCCGACCUUACGCUGGCUGUUUUUCAGCCAUCAGUUUCUAUUGUCACGUAUUUUGCUGACACAGUCAGUUAUUGGCGUCCUUAUGCUUGUCAAAUUUCACUGCUCUCAUUGGUUGCUUGGCAGCGCGUUGAUAAGAAACAGCACGUUGGCGCCACCUGGUGGCGCCAAAGGUGAAUUGUCAGAAUAAACUAUUUCAU